ACUCCAGGAGCCAGGUUCUCUCCAGCGAAUCAGCUCGCGGAGGCGUAAGCGCCCACGGGUAGCGCGGCAAGACACCACUGAGAGCGAAGACGACGGUGGGCGGAGCCACAGGUCACAUCGCUGGAACCUCAGGCUCAGUCCUGACAGAGCACACAGCAGGACCAUACUGGAGGAGAGCAUAUCCCAGGUCCGGCCGCUGGUCAUCUGCCGCCCGAGCGGCGAGCGGCAAAAGAGCCCGAUCGAUCUGCCCCGAGACUCCAGACGCCUGAUGUCUCUGUGGCCCCCGUCCCUCUCUCUUCCUCUCAUCCUCCUCCUCUCUCUGCCCCUCUCUCUCUCCCUCGUCAUCGUCAUCGUGUCUUUCUUCCUACCGUGGGCUACAAGCGCUUGACCGAAGAAAAAGCCCAAAAAAAGCAUUUUACCAACGAUUUGUACGAGUUAGUGAAUAGCACAAGAGGGGAAUAAAAUAGGUGCUUCUACACGUUUGCCGCCUAAUUUCAGAUGUUUUAAAGGACACCCCCACUGCUUGAUUUUCUUUCACAUUCCCAUGUUCUGAAUGAAUCUUAAACAAAUAUUUGAGUCUUUCAUUCUGGACCUGUUGCAGUAGAAUCCCUCUCCGUAUUUUACAUCCAGACUCUGUUCGCUCAGCGCUCGCUUUCGUCUCAUCACAUCUUGCCUUCCGUCUCACUUUCUCACCCCCUCGUUGGUAAAAAUAGACCUCUCAUCUCGCUCCUUAUUCUAACGAGCCACAGGAGUGAUACGUGGUGGAAAAGGUUUCAGGGCUGCGCAGGUACUGUACACGGAAACAGGGAAAAAAAAAAA